GCGUUUGAAUACGGCGCGAACUCCGAUUUUUUUUCGCCUUGUUUGACGUGGGAGCUGUCGACAAGUAAACUGACGUUAACAUUUCCUUUCCGUGUCGGACCGAUCUCUCCGAACGCACGAGAUAUCGGAAAUGGGUGGGACCUACCAUUAGAGUAGCGUGAAAUAAAAUAACUUGAUGCAGAUCCUUAUCAUUAACAUGUAGACCCGCACGUGGAACAACCCCACCUUUCCCAGAACGCUGAUGAAGUAAAAGAAUGAGUUCUUUUUUUCAGGACUGCGGCUCUGGAUCUAGUUCGAGUUUGACAUCUACCAACAGUGCCGGUGAACAGUGUGUAACAAACUUUGGCAGAGUCAUCGGUGUGAUUAUAGGAGUUGUGGGACUUGCCCUCAUCUCUGGCAUUGUGACGUUUAUGCGGAGACGACGAGCAAGAGCCGCCAUGGUCAAGUAUCAGCUUGCCCAAUUGCCAGCGCCAGUCCCUUGGCCAUCGACACAGUACAGUCCUGCUCCUGCUCCUGCUCCUCCCCCUCCCCCUCCAGCUUACGCUCCGAUGCCAUCCUAUCAGCAGCCGGUAGUCCAACCUGGAAAUGCCUUUCCCUCGCCAGCACCCGUUCAAUCAGCUAAUCUAUUCCAUGUUGUACUUCCUCCUACUCCUCCAGAAGCGCAGCGUAGGACUUCUCAGGUACUGGCCGACAAUCCUUAUGAUUCCCCUGAUGGAUCCCAUCGCUCUCAUCGGCGGUCAACAGCCCAAUCAGACAAUGCCUUUUCCGCAGCACCCGUCCAAUCAAAUAAUCUAUCCCACAGAUAUUCAUCCACUGCGAACGUAUCCCCUCCUGCGGCUCCAGAAGCACAACGUGCGUCCUCUCAGGCACUAGCAGAUGACCCUUAUGUCCCCCACGCUGCCACCCAACGCCCCCAUCAGCCGCCGCCGGUCCAACCUGACAAUGUUUUUCCCACACCGUCACCUGUUCGGUCAAAUAAUCCAUUCCGCAGACCUCUAGUCACUGAAACUGCAUCCCCUCCAAUGUCUCCAGAAGUGCCUCCUGCGUCUGCAGAAGUACAGCGCAGGACAUCCAAUUCCCAGAUAGAUGAUCCUUAUGAUUCCCGUACUGUAGCCCGUCGCCAGCAGGCUGCGAUGCUAGCUAAAUACUCUCGUACCUCUGACACUAAUCAGCUGUCUGAAUCCGCUGGCCCCUCGGCAGAGCCGCAGCCGCCUCCAUAUACCAGAUAGGUUCUGGUAAUAUCUCGUUGAACCGUUUCAGUUAUCGAGGGAUUUCAUUUACGUUUUCUUUCGGGUUCAGAAUGCCUUCUUUCGGUUGACUCUUACCAUUGUACAUUCUAGUUAUAUUUAUUCGCCGUUAUUCAUCAGAGAAGGAAUGCCAUUGUUAAUCGUGGGUUCGCAUCAAGAAGCGCGUGGAGUGUUCAGUUAGGAGGCCCUUAAACGAAGAUAUACACAACGAAAACCAGUUUAUUCAUCUAUUAAAUACAUAUUUGAUAGAUCUAUCUAUGUGAUACAUUCUCCGUAAAGUCUUACUGGCUUAACGUGCGUAAACAACUCAUG